AUGUUUAAACAUGCCCGAGAAUGUGGCGCGAGGACCUUCGACGGGGUCAAGGUCCAAUCUGUUAAAUUUUCGCAGACAUUCUGUCUGGAUGAGAAGGAGAGUGGCGAGCAAGCCCAUCUUGGAAAGCCAGUCUCUGCUUCCUGGGUUCGCAAAGACAAGACCACCGGCAGCAUUAAGUUUCAAUACCUGGUGGAUGCCUCCGGGCGAGCAGGCCUGAUCAGUACUAAAUACAUGAAAAAUCGUAAGUUCAAUGAAGGACUGAAAAAUGUUGCUUCUUGGGGUUACUUUGAGGGGUUUGAAAUGUACGGAGUCGGCACUGUUGCUGAAGGUUGUCCCUAUUUUGCAAGCUUUCCAGAUGGAUCGGGCUGGGUAUGGUUCAUCCCCCUAGGGGAGAAUAAAGUCUCCGUGGGAGUCGUCAUGGAACAAAAAAGCGCCACUGCUAAGAAGAAGCUGAUGGAGUCCCCUUCUUCUCGCGAAUGGCUUUUGACGCAAGCCAAGGAGGCGCCUGGGAUAGGCGAUCUUCUUGCAAAGGCCACUCUUGUGUCCGACGUGAAGAGUGCUUCCGACUGGUCCUACACUGCAUCCACCUAUGCAACUACGAAUAUCCGGAUCGUUGGAGAUGCUGGGUGUUUUAUUGACCCACUCUUUUCAUCGGGGAUUCACCUUGCGCUCACUGGGGCUUUCUCGGCCGCAGCAACUAUCUGCUCCUCAAUUAGGGGCGACUGCUCUGAGAAGAGUGCGGCGGACUGGCAUUCGAAGAGAAUCCAAGAGGCGUACGCAAGGUUUUUGCUCGUGGUCGCGAGCACAUAUGGGCAGAUCACCGGAAAAGAAGCAGCGAUUCUCAAUGACGAGGGCGAGAGCGACUUCGACAGUGCUUUCGAAUUGAUCCGUCCUAGUAAGUAG